CCAGUCUGGUCUCGCUCGAGCUCAAUUCGAGUUUUCUGCAUGAAUGAACACUCGUAUGUCAUGGUCAGGUCAGGGUCACGCACGUUUAGCCUCCAAACCUCAGCUGAGUCAGCUCGGUAACAAAGUCGUAUCAAGAACAAAUUUUAAAUAACACUCGAAAAAUAGUAGGGUUUAUAUGUAAAAAAAUGGAUGACGAUGCGAAUUCAUAUUGGUCUCAGUUGGUUUGCUCAACUGAUAUGAAUGCUCCUAUUUUAUAUAUUCGUAACGCAUCUUUCACCAUCGGUCGCUCCAAAGAUUGUGAUCUACGUAUAGAAAAUAACCUCAUCUCAGGACGUCAUUGUUGUAUUUUUAAAGAUUCUGAUAAUGUGGUUUGGUUACAAGAUAGCAGCACAAAUGGUACUAUGUUAAAUCAUGUGACAAGGAUUACAAAGGGACAGAAACACAGAUUGACACAUGGAGAUGAGAUUCAAAUUGUUCAUAAGAAGGAUAGCCCUGAUAGUAAUGUAGCAUAUCUCUAUCAAGACAUGGUGGAGCUGCAGAAGGAAGAAUCUAAUGACAGUGGUUUGCAAAAAACAGAUUGUACAUUAGAAUAUGACAUCGAUUCGAGCACAGUCGCUAGUCCAGUUAGAGUACUUGAGGAGGAGCAGGUGCCUAAUGCUGCCAUAGGUUGCCCACCGCCAGUAAAGAAAAUGCGAUUAGGAGAAGCAAUACCGGAAGAUCAAAAGACUGCACAAGAAACUGGACAGUCAAAAGAUAUUGUAUUAGCAAGGAUUACACCUGGUGAAGGAUCAUCUGGUCAAGGACCCUCUGGUGAGCCUGCUAGUGACAAGGAUAAUGAGGCUGGUCCCUCAGUGGUUAAUCAAAGGGAUGAUAUGGAAGAAACAUUACUUUGUAGUAUAUGUUAUGAAAUAUUACAUAAUGCAGUAAGCCUCCAGCCUUGUAUGCAUACAUUUUGUGCAGCAUGUUACUCAUCGUGGAUGAUCCAUUCUAAAGAUUGUCCAUCUUGUCGCGUUAAGGUGAACCGAAUCAGUUACAACCACAUUGUAAAAAAUCUAGUUGAAGUAUAUUUGAAAAAACAUCCACAUAAACAAAGAUCUGAGGAAGAAAUCAAAGAAUUGGAUGCAAAAAACCAAUUAACAAAUGAUAUGCUUUACCCACGAUGCAAUAAUUCAGAUGAUGAUACAGGCAAUAGUUAUGUGUACAUCAGUGACAGCGACGACUCUGACACCUCACAACCAUAUUUGAACAUUGGAUUUGGUUCAAUAUUUGGAAGGCCAGGACCAGUCUGCAAACAGUGUCCAAAUUAUGUUCCUCCUCCACAUCAAAGACGUCCACCAAAUACCACUGCUUCAUCAACUACAUCAACCACACCCGCUGUAUCAACAGCAGCUAUAGCUACAACAACAGCUACAGCUGAAACGUCAGCAAGUGCACAGGCAUCAACUCAAACGACAAGCAGAGUUGCACCUUCUGGACAAGUGGUACCGAUGCCAGUUGCUCCUCAAUAUUCAUGCGGUGCAAAUGCUAAUCAUUUAGUUUGUAUGUGUUGUAUGGAUCACAUGCCAGAUCGCAGAAAUGAUAGAUGGACCACCCCCCGGAAUGUGCCACCCCAACAAUGUAGCUACUGUAACCGUUUUUUUUGUCACAUGUACUGGGGCUGUUUCAAGCCUCAAUGCCUAGGCUGCCUCAACCAACUCAAAGAUCUGAAAUUCAGUCAAGAUUGUACAAGAAACCUGGUAAACAAUAACCCAUAUGAAUCUGAAAUACUUAUGAAUUAUAUCCAAGACCAAAAUAUAAGCUACAUGGAGCUAUUUCAACAGUGUUUACGUAGAAUGGACUCAAAUCGGUACAGGCCACCUUCUCAAAUGCACCAUCAAACUACAAGUUCCAGUGUAUUUUGCUAUGUUUGUGGCUUAAAAGUUUUUAAAGAAUUGGCAUAUUUGUAUCGAAAGGAUAUACCGCAGAGAAUGUUGCCCAAUGAUGUAACAAGUAGGCCUAACUGUCAUUGGGGAGUUGAAUGCAGAACACAGUUUACCAGGCCACACCAUGCCAGGAACUUCAACCAUAUAUGUGAUAAGACGAGGUGGAGUUAGGAAGGAUUUAUAUUGUGGCAUAAGCCGGUGAACAACAGCAUCUCUCUGAAGGAAUGAAUGAAAGUACGAAAAAUUGAGGAUAAAUUACAAGAAUGCGUUUGUCCCCUUUUCUAACUAAAAAGUCACGCACUUGCUGUAUACCAAUAUUUGUCACCAUUAAGUUUACAAUGAACUGUAGAUCAUGUUAAUGUGCCUGAAAAUCAGCUGUGUUAAAAAGUUGCCAUUCACAUGUUCCUUCACAUGUAAUAUCCAAAAAAAACAAAAACCAUGGACCAUAAGGUUCAUGAUUUUUAUUGAUAGGUCCUUGAAUAAAUGUAGUCUCAUCAUGGUCUCAUUAAGCCUUUGAAUAAACAUUCAUCCUUCUUGGUGCAUUUUAAGUUAUCUCUAAAAGCUUCAGAGUAAAGUGCUGCAGAUAGUUCAAGCACAAAAUAUUUAGUAUUAUAGUAUUUUAAAUACAUAUGUUUAAUUAGACAGGAAAACAUAUGUAAUCCUUUAUAUACCUAUAUUUUUUCUUUAAAUUUAUAUAACAAAAUUAAUGUAGUAUGUAUAUGUGUUAAUGAAUCGAUUUAAUUAAUAGUAUAAAAGUUUACAGUGAUUCAUAGGUAGAAAAUAUGCUCCCGUCAGGAACAUGUGCAUACUGCUUACUUUAAAUAUGUUUUUUUUUGGGAAAGCAGCACCAAGGUGACAGGAAUCUGCACCUGGCAGUAUAGGGGGUUAAAAAUAUCAUGUCUGAUUGCAUUUAGGGAGUUUCUAGGUUGCGGUCUCGAAUCAAGGGUAGGUAACCGAUAAAUAAGUAAGUCAAGCACUAAAAUGCCCGGAAACACUUUAUUAACCAUUGGGACUUAAAUCAGCACUCAAAGUAGCCAACAGGGUCAAUUAAACAUGAUCUUUCAACUCUGUAGCAUUGUGUCUCUCAAGACCGCAGUAGACAAUAACAAUUUUUGAAACACAUGUUUUUGAAAGUUCAGUUGAGAUUCAAGUUUUUUUGAAUCCCAUAAAAAUUGAAUAAUUUUCUAAAGCCAAAUUGAAGCUCUGUCCACACUAUCUAAUUUACUUAACAAAAGUCUGUUGUAUGCCCAUAUAUAGUCAUGAUGUGCCCAUAUAUAGUCAUGAUGUGCCUGUAUAUGGCCUAUAUGUGUGAUGUCAUCAUGACCAUAUUUAGGAAUGUCACAAAAUUUGAUAGCUUGGAAAGGGCUUAAUAUUGUGCAGGCUACUCUGAGCCACCAUACUUAUUAGAUAAAUAAAUAUAUCAAGGUGAAUAUGCAUCAAAUUAUAGUACGCCAGCACUAUAUUAUGAUGACACGUGCAGGCAACUAAUUAACAGAUUUUUAUGAAUGAAUUAAAGAGCAAAACAGCUGGUGUGAUAAAGGGUAAUGUAUGCAUGGGUAUUCAACCAAUCAAAACUGAAAUUACAUUAUAUUCCAUAUUAUUAUGUACAAUAAAUACCUAUGGAAUAUGAAAUAAUACAUAUAUAACUUAAUAUAAUUUAACACAUAUAUAUAUAUAUAUAUGUA